AUGCUGACUCCUCCAACCCUCUCUGCCUUCUCAAAGGGGAUUGAGGCUGUACUGACUUUACCCAAUAUACUUACCAUGUCGGUUGGCACCUUUUAUGUGGUACCAGACCUACGCCCUACAUCUGAAAUGUAUCUCCCUUUCCUCUCUCCUGACCGCAUAGAUAUGAUCAAGUGGCGCAGAUACCGAAUGUACGAUCUCACGAGGCCCGCAUUUCCCAACAAGCUUUCUUCUCAUGCACAGACAAUGCGUGAAUCACGCACCAUCAUUACGGUCUUGCAACACGCACUUGUAUCUAUACUUCGAUCUACCUAA